UAUCUCCCCUCUCUCUCAUUGAAUAAACUUAAAUUAAACUAACUAAUCUUGAUUUGAUACAUAAUUUCAAUUUCGUUUCCAUGGAGUUUGCCGAUGAACUUUCCGCAAUCGAAAGAAUCCGAAUGCAUCUCUUAGGCGAAUUCGAGAGCGAUCGCACACCGUCGGUUUCCGCCUCGGAAUCGUCAUCGUGCGAUUCGGAGCUGUCCUUGUUUGAUUUUGAUCGGGCGCCGGUGAUCGACCUCUCGUCGCCGGAAUCGCGGCCGGCGGCGGCGAAGAAGCUGGAGUGGAUCGUGUUCGGGGGUGGUGAUGAUCAUGAGCGGGUGGUGGUGGAGGAGGAGCAGCACUACAGGGGGGUGAGGCGGCGGCCGUGGGGGAAGUAUGCGGCGGAGAUACGGGACCCGAAGCGGCGGGGGUCGAGGGUGUGGCUGGGGACGUUCGAGACGGCGGCGGAGGCGGCUUGGGCUUAUGAUAGGGCGGCCUUCAGGAUGAGGGGCAGGAAGGCGAUCCUCAACUUCCCGCUCGAGAUUCAGCGGGAAUGCGGCGGGAAGCGGCGGAGGGAGGAGGUGGAGCUCAUAGAGAGGAAGGCGGUCAAGUGUGAGAAAUGAGCACUUCCACCGGAAAAUGUUCUACUAUAUGAUCUCACUUUUCUAGUUAAUGUUUGAAUGUUAAUUGAGUUUUUUUUUUUUUUAAAUCAAGAAUCCACUUUCGUCUAUAGCUUCAAAUAUAAAGAUAGCGAUACAAAUUUUCAA